AUGAAUUUUACAUUACUAUUUGUUGUGGAGCCCCUUCUUCGAGAUGGUAAAACCCUUAUUGAUGAGAGUCCUGCUGAGGAAAUUCCAAAAGAACUGAUUUUCGAUGGCGGCUUUGUGACACCAGAAAGUAAUGCAUUUGGCCAUGCUUUCAGAGAUUAUCAAAAGGAUAGCGAAAGACGGGCAAUUGUGGAAGAGUUUUACAAGACUCAACACAUUAACCAGACUUAUGAUUUUGUUUUACGCAAGCGUGAAGAAUAUGGUAAGCUUGACAGAGCUGUGAUGAGCAUUUGGGAAUGUUGUGAGCUGCUGAAUGAGUUUGUAGAUGAGUCUGAUCCUGACCUUGACGAGCCCCAAAUUGAGCAUCUCCUCCAAACAGCAGAAGCCAUUCGCAAAGAUUAUCCCAAUGAAGAUUGGCUUCAUUUGACUGGACUCAUUCAUGAUUUGGGCAAGGUGCUACUUCAUCCUAGAUUUGGAGCUGAACCUCAAUGGGCUGUUGUAGGUGACUCUUUCCCUGUUGGAUGUGCAUUCGAUGAAUCCAUAGUUCAUCACCAGUAUUUUAAAGGUAACCCAGAUUACUACAACCCUAAAUACAACACAAAGUAUGGAGUUUAUUCUGAGAAAUGUGGACUUGGAAAGGUUAUUAUGUCAUGGGGCCACGAUGAAUACAUGCACAUGGUUGCAGAAAUGAACAAUACAACGUUACCCACUGUUGCACUCUUUAUCAUCAGAUUUCACUCUUUCUACGCUCUGCAUCGUGCUGGUGCUUACAUCCAUUUCAUGGAGGAGGAGGAUUACGAAAUGCUGGAGUGGCUUAAAAUAUUCAACAAAUAUGAUUUAUACAGUAAGAGUAAAGUAAGAGUUGAUGUGGAAGCUGUGAAACCCUACUAUCAGUCCCUCAUCAAGAAGUACUUUCCUGCUAAAUUGAGAUGGUGAAUGCAAAAAGAUUCACAUGGCUACCAGGCUGUGACUAUAUAUGAAGCAUCACACAACAUGAGAAAACCCAUGUUUAAGAUUAGGUUUUAGUUGAAAGGUUUGCUGCCAUGGCAGGUCAUUUGUAAGGAUCGUUGAUCAGGCACAGUUUAUUUUGUACAGUAAGAGUGAAGCAAGAGUUGAUGUUAGAAUCCUUUUGCUGAUUAUUUAUUGGAUGGUCUAGUAAGGAAUGGUUUGGUGUCUUUUGAAAGUAGAAGCCAAGAUGUAUGACAU